GUUUCCGUUUCUCAUAUGGUCGUAAAUUGAAAAUCAAGCCCGAAGUUGAUAAUGUUCUCUUUCACAUCAGAGUCAGACAUAAAUGUUAAAAAAACACACAAUGCGAUCAUACAGCCGGGAUCUGAGUUGCGGAAUCGAGAAUGUUCCUGUUUUGAUUGAGAACAGCGUCCCCAAAGAAGCUUUUUCCAGCUUUCAGUAUGUGCCAGAGAAUGUACAAGGACCAGGCUGUGACCUUGACCCUAGUGCGGUGACCCUCCCCGGCUGCUCAUGUCGAACCCGGUCCUGCCUGCCCGACAGCUGCCCCUGCUUGAGGUUCGGCCAGACGUACGACAGCGAGGGAUGUCUGAACCAACAGCAAGAGGACGCUGGCUACAGCAGGCCUGUUUUCGAAUGCAAUGCCUUAUGUGCCUGUGGCGACUCCUGCCAGAACCGCGUCGUUCAAAACGGAGUCGAUGUUGGUCUGGGUGUUUUCAGCUCCGAGGACAGGGGUUUGGGGGUGGAGGCUCUCGACCGCCUCCCUCGUGGCCGAUUCGUAUGCGAGUACGCCGGGGAAAUAAUCGGGAGACAUGAGGCCCGUCGCCGGCAGCUCUCCCAGACUCCUCUAGACAUGAACUACAUCAUCGCUGUUCAAGAGCACAGCGGAGGGGACGGCGCCACCCAGACGUUCGUGGACCCCGUCGCUGUAGGGAAUGUGGGGAGGUUCAUCAACCACUCCUGCCAGCCCAACCUGCUCAUGGUGCCGGUUCGAGUGCACUCGCUGCUGCCCAGACUCGCUCUGUUUGCCAAUCGAGAUAUAGAAAGGUAUGAGGAGCUGACUUUUGACUAUGCAGGAGGACAGACCAGCAGCACAGACACACUGACAUGGGACAACACGCCAAGCGGGACUCACACAGGGCCUGAUGGUCACAAAAUACCACAGAAAAAAGUCUGUCGUUGUGGGGCUUCAAACUGCUCAGGAUUUUUACCAUUAGAUUUGUCAGUUCUCCAUUAAAAACAGUCUUUAAACUAAGCUUAGAAUGCGUUCUAAUGACUUGGGAUUAGAAAUGUAUGGUUUAGAGCAGGAGUUCUCAACUCUGGCCCUCAAGGUUGUUUCGCUCCAACCUUGAUCAAACUCUCCUAGUAAUCCAGAAGACCUUGUUUAGCUUGUUCAGGUGUUUGACUGGAACUAAACUUUAAAGUGGAUCUCAAAGGCCAGAGUUGAAAAGCCCUGAUUUAG